AAAAUGCAAGGAUGGAAUCCUCUCUCUGAUUUGAAGGCAAAAUGGAAUGCUCUCUCAACAAAUAUAAAUUGAUUGAUUGAUAUAAGGAAGGAGGGGAGGGGAGGGAGAGUAAGUGAGAAAAAGAAAACAGUUAUUAUUGUUGUAAGGAAAGGGUGUUUGGUGAUAAACAAACAUGGAAAGGUAUGAGAUUCUGAGAGACAUAGGAUCAGGGAACUUUGGUGUAGCCAAGCUUGUUAGAGACAAGAAGACUGCUGAGCUUUACGCUGUCAAGUUUAUUGACAGAGGCCACAAGAUUGAUGAGCAUGUGCAAAGGGAGAUCAUGAACCACAGAUCCUUGAAACACCCUAAUAUAAUACGAUUUAAAGAGGAAAUCUUUUGUAUCUCAUCUCAGGUGCUGCUAACACCCACUCAUCUAGCCAUAGUCAUGGAAUAUGCAGCUGGAGGUGAACUUUUCGAAAGAAUUUGCAAUGCUGGUAGAUUCAGUGAAGAUGAGGCAAGAUUUUUCUUUCAACAACUGAUAUCAGGGGUCAGUUACUGCCACUCAAUGCAAAUCUGCCACAGAGAUCUUAAGCUGGAAAAUACACUCUUACAUGGGAGCUCCACACCACGUCUCAAAAUAUGCGACUUCGGCUACUCAAAGUCAUCAGUGUUGCAUUCCCAACCCAAAUCUACAGUAGGAACACCAGCCUACAUUGCGCCUGAGGUCUUCUCAAGAAAAGAAUAUGAUGGGAAGAUUGCAGAUGUUUGGUCUUGUGGGGUUACCUUAUAUGUGAUGUUGGUUGGUGCCUAUCCCUUUGAAGAUGCUGAUGAUCCAAGAAAUUUCAAGAAGACUAUUACUCGGAUACUUAGUGUCCAGUACUCAAUUCCAGACUAUGUGCGAGUUUCUAUGGAGUGCAGACAUCUUCUAUCUCGGAUAUUUGUUGCCAACCCAGAAAAGAGAAUAACCAUACCGGAAAUUAAAAGGCACGCGUGGUUCCUAAAGGACUUGCCAAUAGAAUUCAUGGAAGGAGAGGAAGCUAGCUUGAAAAUGAACAGUGCAGAUAAUGAGUGUCAAAGUGUGGAAGAAGUGUUGGGUGUAAUACAAGAGGCAAGUAAACCUACGGAACUGGCAAAAGGUGGAGGAGGGAAUUAUGUUGGAGGCGGCAGCAUGGAUCUUGAUGACAUGGAUGAUGAUGAUGAUACUGAUCUAGAUGAUAUAGAGACAAGCGGAGAUUUUGUCUGCGCAUUGUGAGUGAUAGCUACAAAGUAGAAUCUUCUAUCAUACCAUUACCAUUCGGUUCCCAAAAGAGGUGCAAAAGAAAAGAUUGCCUUGUCCUCCUCAUUUGCAUUUCAAUAAUGUUAGCUCAAACGAUAUCUAUUUCAGUUUAAUCUGUGUAAGCUUGGUGGGUACCUUUCUUUCAGUUUAAUCCGUUUCAGUUCUAUCUGUAUGCUUUCUUGAGUUGCUGUUCAUAGGCGGUGUUUAGUUGAGCCUUUUUUGCUAUUGUACCUUUCUAAGGGAAAUCCUGCUCUAUAAUACCAGCUUUGUUAGCUUUUGUAAUUUGUAAUAUUCUCAAUUAGCAAUGAAACUUUGUUAAUAAAAGUCCUUUCUAACUUAGAUGGGAA